AAAAUCCACAGAAUGUUUCUGCCCGGUCCACCUCACCAGCUUUACGGUGCCCUAUAGACUUCAGCGAGGAGAGCGAAAUUCAUUUUGGACGAGAGGAACUGGACGCCGAAUUCAAAGAUGGAAAGGGGAAAGUCCUGGGUUGAUUACUAUGGUAACAAGGCGGUUCGUAUUCCCAAGCAACGGUAUUUCUGCUGGACGACAGUGAUGUGCGCCCUGUGCUUGUUGACCAAGGCUGAUGGCUGCCCAGCGCACUGCACGUGCAGGGAAAGCACCGGGAUCGUAACGUGCCAAAGCCUUCGGGAGAGAACGGUACCUACCGAUUUACCCCAGUGGGCAACCACAUUGGUCAUGAGGGGCUACAAUAUCACAACUUUACUUAUGGACACAUUUUCGCCCAACGGCACGGAGCUGGAGCUUGUGAAUCUUUCCUUGUCGGGAAACAACAUCCAGAUCAUUGAAGCGUACGCUUUCUUGGGACUCGUGCGACUCGAAUCGCUGGACUUAAGUCACAACCGAUUGGUCUACAUCGCCGCCGAAGCUUUCGGCGGUUUGCACAAACUGCAUUACCUUUGCCUGAACGACUCUUCUUUGGGUUUCGCAGUCGUGCAGGUGUCAGACGCACUGGAAACAGUGAGAUUGCGUAAUCUCAAAACACUCGAACUGUCCGGAAAUCAAUUAACAACUGCGCCCAUCGCAAACCUGGACGCUCUGAAUUUGGAAGUGCUGGUACUGACCAAUAACUCAAUCCAAACCGUAGGGAAAGAAGAUGUCUCGAGCUUGUACAAGCACGACAACAUGCGCGUGUACCUGGCGUCAAACCCUUUCAAGUGCGACUGCGAACUGGAGGGUUUCUACAUUUGGCUGACGAACAGUUCGCAGUGCCCCGACGCGAGCAUGUUACAGUGUUCCGACCCGCACAGAAAAAAGGGAAUACCUCUUGAAAAACUCAGGAGGGGGGAUUUGGAUUGUACAAACACGUCCCUGGAGACAGAAUCGUAUGUGUUCCUCAGCAUUGUCUUAGCACUGAUUGGAGUGGUGUUCCUUAUGGUUUUAUAUCUCAAUAGGAAAGGCAUCAAACGCUGGCUGAACAACAUAAGGGAGGCGUGUCGCGAUCAAAUGGAGGUGUACCAUUACCGAUACGAGCAGGACUCUGACCCUAGACUGGCGAACGUUGCCGUCUAGUGCUGCGAUAUAUGAACGCCAUUUCCGUUUGCACCAUAAAACAAAUGCUAUAGACUGUUAUUGAAAUUAAAUGCAACGGCAACGCAACUGACUUAUCCGUUCAUAAGCAGGAGCAACCCGAAAAGCUUCCAAAAUGCCUUCCAGAACGUGUGAUCUUUUGUUUAUGUUUAUUUAACCGACCUGGGAACAAAACGUGAACAUUUUUUUUAUCGCACAGCCUCUUGUCUCUUUACAAUUUUUUUUUUUUUUUUUUUUGCGUGACUGGCAGCAUCUUUGCUAAGGACAGGAGACGUCCAUCCAUUGAUCUGUUCGUAAGGCUGUGUACCAUUUAUUUAUUUAUUUAUUUUUAUGUCUGUGAGUUAAAUUAUACUACCGUUAUAAAUGUAAUAGUUAGGCACUGGGGCAAACGCAUGGCAUUCAAUUCAACAAUCUCUUAUAAAGUUCACGGGUUUUGAAUGCAAUGUUAAAAUAGUUAUGAGUAGAACACGCGAGCAGAGAAACCAUCAGAAUUUUAUUACUUUGGAUUUCCAUAUGCAAAUGUGUAAA